GGCUUGGCCCCACCCUCCACCUCGCUAGGAUCCGGGGCCGGACCGCCAGGGUUGAACCCGGCUGAGGCUGGGAGCCGCUGCUUUGGGGGCGGAAAGUCACGUGAGACUUCUUGGUCCUGUGGGUGGAGAGGAAAAGCUGCAGUUAAGGAGGGUCGGAUUUAACCGUCACAGGGAAGUGCGCUCAAACGGAAUCGCGGAGUGGGCUGAGAUAGUGAAUUCCUAAGAAGAAAAUAAUGGAUUUCAUAUUAGUUGUUCUCUGAGUGUUUGGACUCAGCAUUGUGCAGGUUUUUUGCAAAGGCCAAAAGAAGAUGGCAACUCCUUAUGUCCCAGUUCCUAUGCCCAUAGGGAACUCUGCUUCCAGUUUUGCAACCAACAGAAACCAAAGAAGCUCUUCUUUUGGGAGUAUCUCAACAAGCUCAAACUCUUCCAGAGGCCAGUUAGAGGACUCAAAUAUGGGUAAUUUUAAACAGACAAGUGUACCCGAUCAAAUGGAUAGUACUUCAUCUGUCUGUAGCAGUCCCCUUAUUAGGACUAAAUUUACAGGUGCAGAUUCUUCCAUUGAGUAUUCUGCUAGACCAAGAGAAAGUGAAGAACAAAGUCCUGAAACAGUAUAUUUGGAAGAUAGACCUUCUACACCUACUAUACUAGGUUAUGAAGUGAUGGAAGAAAGAGCUAAAUUUACUGUAUAUAAAAUACUAGUAAAGAAAACCCCAGAAGAAAGUUGGGUAGUUUUCAGAAGAUACACUGACUUCUCUAGACUUAAUGAUAAAUUAAAAGAGAUGUUUCCAGGCUUUCGAUUAGCACUUCCACCAAAACGCUGGUUCAAAGAUAAUUACAAUGCUGACUUUUUAGAAGAUAGACAACUAGGAUUACAAGCAUUUCUUCAAAAUUUAGUGGCUCACAAAGACAUUGCUAACUGCCUUGCAGUGAGAGAAUUUCUUUGUCUGGAUGAUCCACCAGGCCCAUUUGAUAGCCUAGAAGAAAGCAGGGCUUUCUGUGAAACUUUAGAAGAGACAAACUACCGUUUUCAAAAAGAACUACUUGAAAAACAGAAAGAGGUGGAAUCACUGAAGAAACUGCUAAAUGAAAAGCAACUUCGUAUAGAAACUCUAGAGAGCAGAAUCAGAACAUUGUCUUUAGAACCUGAAGAAUCACUGCACAUGUCAGAAACAGAAGGUGGACACAUCCCAAAGGUGGAGUCCUCCACACUUGAGGUUGAUCAAGAUGUUUUGCAUGAAGAAUCUAGAACUGAUGAUAAGCCAUGCUUAAGUUUUAGUGAACCUGAAAAUUCUGUAUCGGACAUAGAAGUUGCAGAAGUGGCAUACAAUGCAGAAGACUAAUACAUGACAAGCAGUUCCUUCCAUGUAUAUGUUUAAGCAAAUUUAGAAUAGAGUGGCAAAUAUUUAAAAAGAAAAAAGACUGAAGCAUUUACAGAAAACAAAGAUUGCACAUGUAUUAAAGUUUACAUAAAGAAAAGUUUUUUUAAGUUUUUGGGAUAGAAAUGUAUUCACUGCUGCUUUAAAUUGCCUUUUAUCCAACCUUUGUAUUUGAUACACUAAAAAAAAAAUCUAAUUAGAGUUCUGUUACCAAGACUCAAUUCUUAAAUAAUGUGCAUAAGUUAUUUUGGUAUUUUGCCAUAUAUUGCUCCAAACGAAUAUGUGUGUGAGCCCUCUUGUGUGUGGUGUGCGUGUUUGUGUUUGUGUUUAAAAUGCCAAUUUUAUCAGUUAAAUGGACAUUAAAUGCAUGUUACUAUCUGGUUGAUAUAUACUUCUUUUUAUCUCUGACAUAAUGUAUUUUCAUUAGUGGUUUAAAUCAGUGGUAAAGAUGAAUUAAGUUUUAAAUAUUGACACGUUUACCAUUUGUAAAUAAAAAUUGCCUGUUUGCAAUGUUAUUGCUAUUUAAAAAAAAGAAAACUUUCUAAUACCAAAGGAAAACUAUUACAGAGAGCUAUAGUAACAUAUAAUAAUGUAGCUAAAGUGAUAAAAUAGCCUUGUUUUUAAAAGCUGAUUCAUUAUCAGAGUGCUAUAGUAAGUGUCUAGUUUAUUGUAAUAUGUUGUACUUGUUUAUUUUCCACAUAUCUUUAUCUCAAAUCUCUACCUGUAGAAUCAGUGAGUUGUCCUCUUUUGGAAUACUACCUCUUUUUGCUAAUCAAGGUAUACUCUUUUGAAAAUAAAGAUUCUAAGCAAAUAGGGAGUUAUACAAAAAAAUACAAAAUAAAAAGCCAUAUAUACUAUAAAGUUCCUUAACUACAUUGACUCCUGGGAUUGCAUUUUUAUUUCUGUAUAUGUGAAUAUGUUGCUAUAAUGUAUUAAGGCUGAUUUUCCUUUUAAUAUAUUUAGCCAAGUGAUGCACUUUAUGAUAAUUAAACUCCUUUGUGCCAAGUUUAAUUGGUGAAUUUCUUUAGUAAGUGGAGUUAAGAAAAAGAAUUAUGUAGUGCCUUCACUAUUUCACUUUUAUACCAGUCUGCUAGGGUCUGUGAGUCAGCUUUAUGAAAAAGUGUUUAUUUCAGAUUUGCUUAUAUUUGUUGAAAGUGCCUUGUUUCAUUUUUACUAUAUGAAGUUACUCAUUUAUUUUCUAUUUCCACUGCUUUGCAUAUUGCUGUUAAUAAGUGUUGUUAUCCUACUAGCAUUUUGAAAUCCUGGUUGGUAUAUUGAACUGCAUGUGCUUUCUAAAAGCUGAGGGAAACUUACUGGGAAAAUAGAAUAACAAUCUCCAGUUUUGUUUUCUUCACUAUCUAAAAGUUUAUCAGUAUCUUGAUGUACAUAUUAAAAUGUUAAAAUUCUAUUUAUGUAGAUUAGAAGAUCAAGUGGCUGUUGUCAACUUUUGAUCUAAAAAGGAAACUGCUUCUUACCAAAGUACCAAAAAUUUUAAAAGCCUUUGUCAAAAUGCACAUGUUCUCAGAGUAUUUUCCACAAAGUAUACAAGAAGUGUGUUUACUAUCCUGGGAGAUAGGAAGAAUAUAAUAAACUAUUCUCUUUGUUCAUUUCAAAAUAUUCUAGACUUAAAAAGGCUUACAAAGAACAAUCAUUUAAAUUAAUAUAAUUUUUAGUCUAAUGACAAGAUGAUAUUUGCUAAAUUCCAGAUAUUAUAGUGCUACGUACAUGUCUGUUUUAAAGUGAACCAUACACUUUCAAAAUCUGGCCUUUCAGAAGAUUGUAUGUAAAGUUUGGGAUGGGUGAAGAAAACCUCUUUUAAUUAAAUAAAACACUAUUUAUAUUUAGAAUUUACUUUUUUUACUUUUAUGAGAUUUUAUUCCCAGUACUAUAUUCAUUUAAUAAAUUAUUUUUUCAGUGUAGCAGUAGCUGUGCUGUUUAGAUCUUGAAUAUCAUUUUUCCCUUCAAUUUCAGUGUUCUCUCUAUCCCUUGUAAUUAUUUGUAAAUUUCAUUGUACUUAACUGCAUUUCACAGAUGUGGAAUGACUGUGAUUUUUUUUAGGUUUACAUUUUAUAUUACUGAUCAUUUUAAGUCUUUGUGAAUAGGUGCAGUGUACUUCAAAUGUAACCAAAAUUAAUAAAAAAAAUUGAACAUAAUUCAAACAGGAAACACUUUUGUGAAUAAUCUUUUAACUUAACCUUUUAAAAAUUAAGUUCAUGUGUAGGUAGUAAAACCAUAAACCAGCAUUUUAAAA